ACCCAAAAAUUGCAACAGAAUCCUCCCGUUUUUCCCAUUCUUUGUCGACUCGUCGUUUUCUUCUUUAAACGCUUCUUAAGCUGUCCCCUCUUUUCCUUUUCCUUUUUCCUUUCAAUUCCAUUUCCCCUUCUAUUCCUCCUCCUUCUUCUUCCACCAGGUUCCAGUCCAACUUGGGCAGUAUAGCAGCUCAACGGGCAUGCGAGGAACGGCUAAUUCCUUCUACAUCUGUGACCAUAGCUACUAGAUAUUGUUUGUUAGUUUUCUUUUUUCUUUCUUCCAUUUUGAUCGGAGAGAUUGGAGCUGGGCAUUUUCAGAGCCUACACAAUAUGGGCUAUCUGAAUUCAGUCUUGUCUUGCUCGAGCCAGAUUCAUGCUGCUGAGGAGGCACCUGUAAGCGGUGGAGGAUUAAGUCAGAAUGGAAAGUUCAGCUACGGUUAUGCUAGCUCUCCAGGGAAGAGAUCUUCGAUGGAAGAUUUUUAUGAGACACGAAUUGAUGGUGUGGAAGGAGAAAUAGUUGGUCUAUUUGGUGUUUUUGAUGGUCAUGGUGGAGCGCGAGCUGCCGAGUAUGUUAAGCACAAUCUUUUUAGUAACUUGAUCAGCCAUCCAAAGUUCAUUUCAGACACCAAAUCCGCUAUAGCUGAUGCAUACAACCACACAGACACAGAAUUUCUGAAGUCGGAAAAUAAUCAAAACAGAGAUGCUGGAUCAACUGCUUCCACUGCCAUCCUAGUUGGUGACCGCUUACUUGUUGCAAACGUUGGCGAUUCCAGAGCUGUUAUUUGCCGGAGUGGCACUGCCAUUGCUGUCUCUCGGGAUCAUAAGCCUGACCAAACUGAUGAGCGACGGCGAAUUGAGGAUGCCGGAGGAUUUGUGAUGUGGGCUGGAACUUGGAGAGUUGGAGGUGUUCUUGCUGUUUCACGUGCAUUUGGUGAUAGGUUAUUAAAGCAAUAUGUUGUUGCUGACCCUGAAAUUCAGGAGGAAAAGAUUGAUAGCUCACUUGAGUUUCUUAUACUUGCAAGUGAUGGACUGUGGGAUGUUGUCUCUAAUGAGGAAGCUGUCGCUAUGACUAAACCAAUUCAGGACCCCGAAGAGGCAGCAAAAAGGUUGAUGCAAGAAGCAUAUCAGAGAGGCAGUGCAGAUAACAUUACUUGUGUCGUCGUUCGUUUCUUGGCAAAUCAAGGAAGUCCCUCUCGCGGAACGACUGGGUAAGACUUAACUGCUUUUCCUAGCUUUUCGCCCUCUGGUUCUGACACGUACGAAAGUCUCAGACUGAACUGCAGUAACAUUCAGGUGGUUCGUAGUCAUAGGAAAUUCCAGUAACAUUGUUGAUUGUACUUAUAAAAAGAAAAAGGAUAUAGACAUAAUGAGAGAAGUAAGUUGUCAGAUUGGUUUUUCUUUUUCCUUUUGUGCAAUACGGUGUCAGUCGCUGCCUACAUAGUCUUUAGCUUCCUGCCUGGAGGUUGUAGAAAUGUGCAUUGGUUAAUUUGUAAAGAGUCUUUAAUGGAAGUGUUAUUGUUUGUGUUGUCUUCAACCCUUCCUAAGGUGAUUGGUUUUUUUUU